AUGAUCAAGAAACUAGCCCUGCUAGGCCUAGGAAGCGCCCUCGCUGCCGCCCUCCCCAGUGUCAACAACGAUAACGACGUCAAACGCAACUAUGGCUAUGGCUACGGCUUCCCAGCUAUCACCGAGACGGAAACCGUAACUCUCUAUGACCUGUGCUCUGACACAGUCAGCUACACGACAGAUGUUAGCACGGAGACGUACGUCAAAACGUAUACAGAGACAUACACGGAAACUGAGACUCAGACGAUCAGUGUCACUAUCAGAGACUCUUUCAGCUGCACGCCCUGCACGUCCGAGAAAUAUCCCGAGAGCACGACCAGUGCCACAACCGGCAUCUCCACCAUCACCAGCUCGUCCUCUUCAGCUCCGGCCUCGUCCCACUUCACCUGGUCUGAGUCGACGGAUGCUGUCUCCGGCCCAAGCAGCGUCUUCGGCACGAGCAUCUGGAGCAGUAGAAUCGCUAGUAGCAGCAUUUCACCCAAAACUGGCUACAAUGUCUCCUUCCCCACGGCGUCCUAUUCGACUACGCCGUACUCGCGUCCCUUCAACACUACUUUUUCCACGCUGCUCACCAGCGCCUCGUCGACUGCCGCCAUUUCCGGCCGGAGUAUGAGUAGCGGUAGAAGUCCUGCCGUCACCUCCAGCUCUGUUAACAGCUACAGCUCGACCGUAUAUUCGCACUCAUCCCCGUCAUGGGGUACUUCGUCCAUGGCAGUCGUGGCUGUUUCUAACAGCAGCAGCAGCAGCGGUAGUCCCAGAAACAGCACCACUUCCAGCAGCUACAUAUCGACCGUGUACUCGCAUUCGUCUUCUCCGUCGUUCAGUACGAAGUCUACUGGAGCGGUCUUCGGCUCCAGCAGCACUGGAAGUACCGGCUCCCCCAGCAACUAUACGUCGGCCGUGUACUCGUACUCUUCUCUGCCUUCGGUUAGCACCGAAUCCACUGGUGCCGUGAAUGGAAGUAGCAGCUCCACGACUGGCAGCAGACCACCUUCCAGCCAUACAACAGUGUACUCUCACUCAUCGCUGUGGUCUGUUAGUGAAUCCACCCCUUCCGUGACUAGUACCACAAGCAGCAGCAUCGAAUCCAGCGCAGGCUCUGCUAGCAGUCACACAUCUGCCGUGUAUUCCCAGUCGCCGGACUCGUCGUUGGGCGCAUCAACUGCUACAGUAACCGGUCCGAGCAGGAGCGGAAGUAGCAGUAGCAGCGUCGACUCAACCACCUACCUGACCGUCGAAUCCUCAAUGACAGUCACCAUUACCAAGUCGCUCCAGACAUCGACGAGCAGCCUGUCUUCUUCUAGAGAUCGCGCAGGUUCUGGCUCCCUGACUGGGUCGCUGUCCGCUUCUACCUCUAACACCCGGUCUACCUCCGCCACCGCCUCCACUUCUGCUUCUAUUUGUGCGUCGGGCUCUUUACCUAGUUCGUUUCCUUUAUCGGCGUCUGUACCUGCUUCGCUGUCCGCUUCUGCUUCAGCGUCGCUGUCUGCUCCUCUCAGUGGCACCCUCUCCAGUCUCGGAUAUCCCACUGGCUCCGCCUCUCUUUCAAUGUCUGCCUCUGCCUCAGCUUCUACCUCUCUGGGCACCUCUCGCAGUAUUCUGGCAUCUAUUUCGACGUCUUAUUCAGUACAUCUCUCUGUUUCCCCGUCUGGCUCCUCCACUUCGGCUUCCGACUCUCGUACCGGCUACACAACGCGCUCCACCCCCGUCAGCGAGUCUGCAUCCGCUUCCUUAAGUACAUCCGCCUCAACCAGUCCCAGCCCCAGUUCCAAUAUCAGCGCCAGCACCAGCUUCAGUACAAGUACCAAAGUUGACGCUGUUUCUGGAGCCAGCUCUUCCUACGGCGGUAUGACCUACACGAUCCUGUCGACUGCAUCCUCGUGGGCCUCCGUGUCUAGCAGCUUCGGUUUCGGCGACACUACGACGAGCACGUUAAGUGCCGUCGGCGCCACUACUAGUUCAGUGAGCCUUGCCCUGCCUAUCUCCAGCACCGGCAUACUACAGGAAUCUCCCAAGUUGUCGUCACAAACUGUGCCACCCACAUCCUUCCCGGUUAGCUAUGGCGAUGGUGGCGACAGCGAGACCUCGACCGCUGCAGAGGCCGUGGCUGCCACCUCGUCCUCUAGUUUCACUUCUAAAGCCUCCACCACCACGAGGGGCUGGCCAGGCGAUUACGAGUAUGGCGUGCCACCCGUCGAAACCACACUGGCAGAGAAGCAUACAGAAACUGCCAGCGGCGCCCGUUCCUACUGGGGCUGGAGCGGCGGUUCGAAUCGUGUUGAGAUUAAUAGACCCCAGCGUAAGGAAGGCGAGUUGUCGCGUGGUAACAGCAAGAACAAUCACAAUGGCGACAACCACGGGCCCGGCCAAGGUGGCCACGCCGUCUGGAAAGGCCGCUUCCAUAUGUAG